AUGCCUUACUAUUGUUAGGUGAAACAAAAAGAGUAGUAAUUGUUGAAAAGUUUUAUUUUGCAUGUAAUUAAUUUGGAAGAGGCCUAUUUUGCUUAUUGUAUGGAAUAUUAAUUUUUUAGUAUAGCGUUAUGGUUAUUUGCAGAAAAUAGUAAAACUGCUAAACAUACAAAUAUGCAUGACUUUGGAUUGUCAGUUGCAAUCUGCACUGCUGUAAUUGGAGUUUUGUAUGUCAUAUAGCAUUUUUUAGUAUUUGUAGAAUCUAAUCAUUUUAGUUUGAUAAAAGAUAAUUCAUAAUAACAAAUUGAUUAAUGGUUUAAGAAAUAUGAUAUUAUCAUUUAAUUUACUGAGAUUAUAUCUAUCUUGAAUAAAUCUAAGAAUAACUUAAACCAAAUUCAGAAGUUUUCCAUUACAAGAUUUGAUAUUUGA